AUGGAGUAUUUUCAGCAGAGUACAUGUGAUUUCUUUCAAAUCACACUUAUGAUCAUCUUAACCAUGGAAUUAAUAAUUGGAAAUUUAGGAAAUGGAUUCUUGGCAUUGGUGAACAGCAUGAACUGGGUCAAGAGAAAAAAGAUCUCAUUAGUUAAUCAAAUCCUCACUGCUUUGGCAACCUCCAGAAUUUGUCUGCUCUGGUUUUUGUACACAGCUUUAUUAGUUUCUUUACCGAACCCAGAUUUGAUGACUGGAAGGAUGAUAAAAAUCAUUAAUAAUCUAUGGACAAUAGUCAAUCAUUUCAGCAUUUGGCUUGCUACAUGCCUUGGUAUCUUUUAUUUUCUCAAGAUAGCCAAUUUUUCUAACUCUUCUUUUCUUUAUUUAAAGUGGAGAGUUAAAAAGGCAGUUUCAGUGACACUGCUGGUGUCCCUGGUCCUCUUUUUUUUACAUAUUUUACUGGUCAACUUGCACAUUGAUGUGUGGAUAAAUGAAUCUCAAAGAAACAUAUCUUAUAGCUUCAGUUCUCAUAACCCUGCAGAAAUUUAUAGGCAAGUGUUAAGCAUUCAUAUUAUUUUCCUGUCUGUUCCAUUUGGUUUGUCCCUAUCAUCUUUCCUUCUGCUCAUCUUCUCCCUGCAUGCACAUCAGAAGAAGAUGCAGCAGCAUGUCCAAGGAUGUAGAGAUGCUAGCACCAUGGCCCACAUGAAAGCUUUGCAAACUGUGAUUACCUUUCUUCUGUUAUACACCAUUUUUUUCUUGUCUAUUUUCAUACAAAUUUGGAAGUAUGAGUUACUGGAGAAAAAUCUUUUCACUUUAUUUUGUCAGGUAAUUGCCCUGGCUUUUCCUUCAGUCCAUUCAUGUGUCCUGAUUCUGGGAGAUAUAAAAAUGAGACAGGCCUUUCUCUCUGUGCUUUGGUGGCUGAUAUGCAGACCCAACUAUAUGGAAACCUCAGGUCCUUAA